CCAUGUGCCGCUGGCUUUAUGCAAAAGUCUGUGCUCUUGCCCUUUUUAUUCUGGAAAAAUUUCUUAACAGCAUAGGAAAAAAUAUAUAAAAUAAGAAAGCUUCCAUCUACUAUCCUCAAUACCAUCAGUAACCUCAAUGGGGGAGAAAAAAAAAAAUUUUCACCAAGGAAAUCUCACCAAUAAGACUGGUUAAUGGAAUUCCCAGUUCCGGGCCAAGUGUGAAGAAGAAGAUCGGAAAUUAUGGAAGAAAGAAAUCCUGAACAUCAUCUUCUGGGCUAUCUUCCUCAAAUAUCUCCAACUGUACACUUUGGUGAUGAUGUGGAUAUUUCAAUGAAAAUUCCUUGCAUUCCCAAUUUACUUGUUUUUUGUAUAGUUUGUUCCAUAGUUAUGCAUAUUAUGGAUAUAGGAUUUGAUUAUAAUAUUGCCAUACAAUACUUUUUAGAUGAUAAAAUAACAUAUUUUAUUUGGACAAUUUGUCUUAUUAUCAUUCCUUCUUUGAUAAAUGUUAUUAUUAGCAAGAGAAUGCAAUGCCAAGAUAAAGAGAUAAAUUCUAAUAUGCAUAAUUCAAAGGAUAAAAAAAUUUUGCACCUAAUGGUGAACAAUAAAUUAUGUUUUGUGAUUACUGUAAUUUUUCAACUAGCACCAGUUUUACAUUAUUAUGAGACUUUAAAGUAUGCAUUAAAAACACGCAAAUGUGAGAAAUCUAGAGAUCGCAUUGGCACAAAACAAAAUUACUUAAAAAUGCUGAAGGAAGAUCAAGAUGUUGCAUUAUUAAGAAUAUUUGAAUGUUUUCUGGAAGCUGCACCACAGCAGAUUUUACAAUUGACUUUAAUAUUAAAACAUUAUAAUGAAAUUAAUUUUCAAUUUGUACAUCAAGUAGCUAGUAUUGUCAGUUCAUUUGGAAGUAUGAGUUGGGCAAUGGCUAGUUAUCAUCGUAGCAUUCGCUCAGCUCAGCAAGAUAAAUCAAAUAUCAGAUAUAUGGCAACUGUUUUCCAAUUUCUGUGGCAUUUCUUCAUUACAGUGGCAAGAAUUUUGUCAAUUAGUGUCGUCGCAAGCAUUUGGCCUAUACUUACUAUAAUUUGUUGUGUUAUACAUUGGAUAAUCAUGACAAUAUGGAUUAUAAUCGAUUCUCAUGGAAUAUUAGAAUUCUGUCGGGAUUACAGUCGUCCACCACAUAUUAAACCAAAGUUUAAAGAACAUAUUUAUUCCAUAUUAUUUGCAAUGAUCAUUGGCAUAGUUCAUAUUUUUAUAUAUUUUAAUACAAUAGAUAGCAAUACAUUAUGGAAGCAUAUAUUUUUUUAUAUGUUCUGUUUUUUGGAAAAUAUUUCAUGUAAUAUAGUAUGGAGUUACACUUCUUCUCCAGAGAUUAGAAGUGUUUGGUACUUUUAUAUAUAUUUUAUUUUCUGUGUGUUGUCCUUUUUCUUGGGAAUUGUAGCAAUGAUUAUUUAUUAUACCAUGUUUCAUCCUUCAAAGAAACAACAUACUUCGAAAGUAUCACUUCAAAUAACAUAAA